AUGACUUUUGAUGCAUUCUAUGUGAGAGAACUUGGUGCUGCGGUUCUCAUCUUCUUCAUAUCACACUUUUUCAUUAAAUCAAUCAUCACAAAUUCCAAACAUCUACCACCAGGUCCAAGAGGAUGGCCAAUUCUUGGCGUUCUACCACUGUUGGGCACCAUGCCUCAUGUCACGCUCACAGACAUGGCCAAGAAAUUUGGACCCAUCAUGUUCCUCAAAAUGGGCACUUGUGACACUGUGGUUGCCUCAAGCCCAGAUGCAGCCCAAGCAUUCCUGAAGGCCUUGGACCGGAAUUUCCUUAACAGGCCCACGAUCGCUGGGGCAAUCCACUUGGGGUACAAUGCACAAGACCUAGUUUUUGCCAAUUAUGGGUCCAAGUGGAAGCUCCUUAGGAAGCUAACCAACCAACACAUGCUUGGUGGGAGGGCCCUUGAUGAUUGGGCCCAUGUGAGGGCAAGUGAGUUGAAACACAUGGUAAGAAGCAUGCAUGAGUGUGCCAAACAAGGGGAAUUAGUAGUGCUGGGUGAUAUGUUGAGUUGUGCAAUUACUAAUAUGGUGAGCCAAGUGGUACUUAGCCAUAGAAUAUUUUCAAAUAAAGGGUUGGAGUCUAAGGAGUUUAAGGACAUGGUGGUGGAAUUCAUGACAAUAUCAGGGGUGAACAUUGGUGAUUUUGUACCUUUCGUUGCUUGGAUGGACUUGCAAGGUGUGGUGGGGAAGAUGAGGAGGUUGCAUAAGAGGUUUGAUGUAUUUUUGACCAACAUUAUUGAGGAGCAUCUCAAGUCUUCUGAUGACCGUAAGGGGAUGCCAGAUUUUCUUGACAUUUUGAUCACAAAUGGCGAACAUCCUUCUCGAGAGAGACUGACUUUGUCCAACAUCAAGGCUCUAUUGUUGAAUUUGUUUACUGCAGGCACAGACACAUCAUCAAGCAUCAUAGAAUGGGCACUAGCUGAAAUGUUGAAAAAUCCCAACAUUAUGAUUAGGGCACAGAAAGAGAUGGAUAAAGUAAUAGGAAGAAAAAGACUACUUGUUGAAUCAGACCUACCCAAAUUACUAUACCUUGAAGCAAUAUGCAAGGAGACAUACAGGAUGCAUCCAUCUACAGCCCUUAGUGUUCCCAGGGUGGCAAGUGAAGCAUGCAAUGUGAAUGGAUACUACAUCCCCAAGAACACAAGGUUAAAUGUGAAUAUAUGGGCCAUAGGGAGAGAUCCCAGUGUGUGGUCAAAGCCAUUAGAGUUCAAUCCAGAGAGGUUUCUUGGAGGGAAGAGUGCAAAAGUUGAUCCUAGUGGAGUUUACUUUGAGUUGAUUCCCUUUGGAGCUGGAAGGAGGAUUUGUCCAGGGUAUAGAAUGGCUAUUGGGGUUGUUGAGCACAUUUUGGGCGCUUUGGUGCAUUCUUUUGACUGGAAGUUACCAAAUGGUGUAGAGCUAAACAUGGAUGAAGCCUUUGGACUCACUUUGCAAAAGGCAGUGCCUCUCUCGGCCAUGGUUAGCCCCCGGUUGCUCCCAGAUGCUUAUGUUUGA